AUGGGCUCACUAAGUCUCCCUCGUCUAUACAUCCUAGACACCGGUCUCAUCAACUUCCCCAACCAACAAGGCCGCAUCGUCUCCUGCAACACAGAUGGCUCCGACCUCCGCACAAUCUUCGACAACAUGUCCACCAUGCCCGACGGCAUCGCAAUCCACAACAACUACAUGUACUGGACAAACAUGGGCCCAACCUUUAAAUCAAACGACGGUUCUAUAGAACGUUCCCGUCUUGAUGGCUCUGAACGCACCACCAUUAUUGAGUCAGGCAUCAUUGGCGUUCAUACACCCAAGCAACUUACUAUCGCGCCAAAGAGUGGGAAGCUUUAUUGGUGUGAUAGGGAGGGUAUGAAGGUUAUGCGUGCUAAUCUUGAUGGAUCUGAUGUUGAAGUCCUUGUUUCUACGGGCAGCACGGCGCAGGAUAGGGAGGAUAUGUGCCGUUGGUGUGUAGGUAUCACCGUCGACGAAACAAACGGGUACUUCUACUGGUCCCAAAAAGGUCCGUCAAAAGGAAAACAAGGCCGUAUCUUCCGCGCCCAAAUCACCAACCCCUCCGCAAUCGAAGUUGUGAUGAUCAACCUCCCCGAACCAAUCGAUUUGGAAAUCGACGAAGAGACGCAAACUCUGUACUGGACAGAUCGCGGCGAUCCACCCAAGGGAAACUCUCUGAAUAGGGCUUACGUGGGUGGCAGUGAACCCUCGGAACGGGAAAUUCUGGCAAAGAGGUUACAUGAAACUAUUGGGCUGGCGGUGGAUGAAAAGGCUGGUGUCGCGUAUGUUACGGAUUUGUCGGGAGGUGUUUAUGAGGUUGGGUUGAAGACGAGGGAGAAGAAGGUUUUGUUUGCGGAGUUGGGAGAUCUUACUGGUAUUGCUUUGGCUUAG